AUGGCUGAACGACCCCCCAAGAAUAUGCGCUCGCUCAAUCGGUACAUCACCACCCACAAUGCUGCCGGUGAAGCAAUCUUCUCUGAUUCCUUGUCCGAGGAAAUGCCCAUCCAGCAUAUGAAAGAUGGUGCAGACUUCGGCCUAGCUUAUACAUCCUCCCACUUCCCCGCUCAGCUUAGCGGGGACACCGAUAUCACCGAGUACACCUCAUACCUCACCAGCCCACCGGGCAUUACCAUCUCCACUGGAAACGUCUGCCGACUCGUGGACAUGCAACCUGGAGCUACCAGCCCUAUGCACCGAACCGUCUCGUUGGACUAUGGCGUCGUGUUGGAGGGAGAGGUGGAGCUUGUUCUGGACUCGGGCGAGACAAGACUGUUGAAGCGGGGUGAUGUUGCGGUGCAACGCGGAACCAACCAUGCUUGGCGCAAUGUUACACCUGACGUUGUUGACCCGGUUACUGGGGAGAAGACACCACAGUGGGCGCGCAUGCUCUAUGUGCUUGCCCCGGCAGAGGAUAUCCUGGUUGGCGAUAAAAAGCUGGGAGAGAAUGUGGAUGGUAUUGGUGUCCGGACCAGCACUUGA